AUGUAUAAGAUCCUAGGUGUAGAGCCAAGCUCAACAUAUGCUGAAAUAAAAGAUGCUUAUUUCACAUUGGCCAAGAAGCAUCAUCCAGAUAUGAACAGGAGCGAAGACUCUGCUGAGAAGUUCAGAGCGAUUCAGUCUGCUUACGAGAUCCUUAGCAAUCAAGCGAAGAGGUCCAUUUAUGAUUCUACAGGUCAUUUUGUAGACCUCGAAUCAUCAAAAGUGGCGAAUAAAUAAAUACAAGGAAGGGAUUAUUCGCCCUCCUGGAGGUUUGAGGUGGUAUAAAAGCUAUAAACACCCCCAGACCUUCUAUGACCUUAUGAAGGAUAAAGGAGGUAUGAAAGACAUCCAAUUCGACAUCAAAAUUGAUCUAGAGAUAUCCUUCAUUGAAGCAGUAGCCGGGUUUACCAAAAUAGUUAGAUUUCUAAGGGAAGAACUCUGCCUCCUUUGCCAAGGAAAUGGCUGUGAGCUUUGUCGUGAUACCGGAAUGGUUAUGAGGAAACUAGAAGCUUUAGUAGAUUUCGAACCGGCCGAUGAAAGAAAAAUCAUUGUUUUUCCUGAGUAUGGGCACUACCAACAAAGGUCAGACACUUUUGCAGACUUGUACGUGCACAUAAAGGUGAAGAAGCACCCUAUUUUUACAUUCAAAAGACCAGAUAUCCACACGACUCAUCAAUUAACGAUCAGUGAAGCUAUUCUUGGAACUACCCUCAAAGUGAACACUAUAUUCGGUGUCAAAGAAGUGCAGGUGCCUGCCUCUACUAAUCAUGGGGACAAGAUACGGAUAAAAGGGUAUGGUGCUAGACUCCCUCGAAUAGGUGAUCAUGUCUGUGACUUAGAAAUCACUCUGAAGAAGGUCCUGGAUAGUGAGCAAGAAGCUAUCCUUAGGCAGGCUUACCAACUUUACAAAAAGAACUUGUAA